AUGCUGCUGCAGGGCAAACCGAUUUGUUGCACCGGAGCCCCCAAAGCCUGCCCUGUGGGAAGUUUGUCAAACAGCUCAGGCUUGCAUAGACCAGAUGAUUGUAAAGCUUGUUUGGGGGGAUUUUACUGUGACUCUGCUGGCCUCACUAAGCCCAGCGGGUUCUGCAGUAAAGGAUAUUACUGCAUAGAGGGUGCUGUCACAUCAACCCCCAGUGAUGGGAUUUCAGGAGGACCCUGUCCUGAGGGUCACUACUGCCCCGAGGGAAGUGUUGAACCUUUGCCUUGCAAUCCAGGGACCUAUGUGGCUGUAACACAUGCGAUUCAGUCUGUCCAGAAGGAACCUACGGUCCAGAACCUGGCUAUUGGUCUGUCUCCCAGUGCAGACAAUGCGACGGAGGCCAUUACUGUUCUUCCAGAAAUGCCACAGCUGUCACCGGACCGUGCCAGGAAGGAUAUUACUGUUCACAUGGAAACGUCUCUCCACAGCCUCUCUCACAGGCUGCAGGCCACCAUCCAUCCUCAGCCCUGUCCACCUGGAACAUUCUCCAACAUCACCAAAGUGGCCUCCAAGGAAGAUUGUCAGCCAUGUUUCCCAGGUUACUACUGUGACUCAGCAGGGCUCUCGGCACCUUCAGGAAAAUGCUGGGAAGGUUUCUUCUGUGUGGAGGGUGCAGAUCGUCCUGACCCUCCUCUUAAGGACAAUCAUGCAGGGCCAUGCCCAAAAGGUUAUUACUGUUCAGAGGGCUCUGCAGCUCCUCAGCGCUGUCCCCGGGGAACCAUCAGCACAGAAGACGGCCAAGCCAGCUGCAGUGUCUGUCCCCAGGGAUUUUAUUGCCCUGGCAAAAGUAACACUUCUCUGCUGGGGAGUUUUGAGUGUCCGCCGGGUCAUUACUGCCCGACCGGAACCUGGUCCAAAUACCAGUUCCCGUGUCCAGCUGGAAGUUUCAAUCCUCGCACUCGGAUGACAAAACCCCUGGACUGCCUGCCAUGCCCUCCAGGCUCAUUCUGUGCGAUUCCUGGCAAAGAUGUCGCAUCCGGCCUGUGUGAUGCAGGUUACUACUGUGUCUCUGGUGCUCGGUCGCCCACACCGGAGGAUGGAGGGGUGACGGGUGAUAGAUGUCCUGAAGGACAUUACUGCACUCAGGGCUCCUCGGCACCACUUCCCUGUCCUGCAGGGCAUUACAGCAACAAGAGCAGAAACAAUCAUAUCUCCGACUGCCUACCUUGUCCUCCAGGUUUUCUGUGUGUCAGCAGAGGGCUCUCUUUUCCUCCUCAUGUCUGUGCAGCAGGUUAUUACUGUCCAGGCACAGAAAACGGCAACCUGCAGAACUCUAUAACUUGCUCACCAGGAAGCAAGUGCCCACCUGGAUCUGGUAGACAGGUGCCCUGCUUGCCUGGGACAUAUCAGAAUUUGCCAGGUCAGGCUGACUGCAUUGAAUGUCCUGCAGGAUUUUUUUGUCCUGGCUUGGUCAGCGCAGAUGUUGACCAAGUGACUGGAACUUCCACUCCUGUGCCUUGUCCUAAAGGACAUUACUGCCCACCUGGAACCCAGACUGGUGUGGCGUUCCCAUGCCCAGCUGGCACUUUCAGCAGCCAGAUGGGAUUGUCCAAUAAGUCUGAUUGUGAGCCCUGCCCCCCUGGGAGAUAUUGCAGUUCUUCAGGCCUGGCUACUCCCUCAGGGUUCUGCUCUCCUGGUUACCUCUGUGGCCAAGGUUCUCUAUCGGCCCAACCAGAGGAGGGUCCAACAGGACGGCGGUGCUCUGCAGGGUCCUACUGUCCACAGAGCACAAGCUACAUGGUUCCUUGCCCUGCAGGCACCUUUAGCUCCAUAGAUGGUGCAGUGUCUAUAGAAGUAUGUCAGCCCUGUUUGCCUGGCCACUACUGUGCUAAGCCUGGAGCAUCUUCCCCAUCUGGACUGUGCAAUCCUGGUUUCUACUGCAGAGAGGGAUCACAAGCUGCAUCACCUUUGAGAAAUAUGACUGGUGAAGUGAAAUCUUCAGCCAGAUUUGAUGGCGAUUCAGUCCAUGGAGAUGUGUGUCCCGCGGGAUACUACUGUCCACAAGGCAGCGCAACACCAAGCCCUUGUCCUCCAGGUACUUUCUUGGGGAGGACUGCAGCUCACUCUGAGGACGAUUGUGAAGCUUGUCAGCGAGGGUUCUACUGCCCUUCAUGGGCUCAGACGUCUGUGGGCCUCAUCUGUCCCCCAGGAUGGUUCUGUCCAACAGGAUCACCGUCUGGACAUCAGCCAGAAUACCGGUGCCCACCUGGCUAUGCUUGUCCAGCUGGUAGUGCAGAGCCAGUCAUCUGCAGUCCAGGCUCGUUUCAGGCUUUGUCUGGACAGUCAGUUUGUGAUAGCUGUCCACCUGGUUUUUACUGCCUGGAAGGCUCUUCUGCUCCUUCUCCAUGUCCGGUGGGUUAUGUCAGUCGAUUAGCUGACAGGAUGUCCCUGAGCCACUGCUCUCCUUGCCCCUCUGGCUACUUUUGUAACAGCAAUGCUCUGACAGAACCGUCUGGACCCUGCAGCCCAGGACAUUUUUGUUCCCAGGGUUCCACCGAGCCUUCACCUGUCUCCCAGCCAUAUGGGGAUGUUUGCCCUAUGGGACACUUCUGUCCUCAGGGAAGUGGGUCACCCAAGCCUUGUCCUGUUGGCAGUUUUCUUCCAGAACCUGGAGCUUUAUCCUUCUCUCAAUGCCGUCCUUGCUCUCCAGGGAAAUACUGCCUCAUUCCUGGAGCCUCACAACCCUCAGGUUUAUGUCAUGCUGGUUUCUUCUGUGCUGGAGGUGCUGAUAGCCCCACACCACGAGCAAACUCUUCCAUGUCAAAAUGUCUUGUGGAAAUCCUGGACUCUUACUCGAUGGAAAUAGACUUGGUCUUGUGGAUGUACAACCUGUCCUGCUUCAACGUUUCUUCUAAAUCUGCUGCAGGGAGAAAUGCUACCUGGAUCAAAGUAGCCGCGAUGCCUCUGGCAGAUUCUGAUCACAAUGUGAAUCACUUAGCAGAACAUCUCAAGAGUCCACAUUAUGCAUGUUCCACCUACCGAGGAGAUAUAUGUCCUAAGGGUUUCCUUGGUGGAUCCACAGUGGAGACAUGUCAGCCAUGUCCUCCAGGUCACUACUGCGAUCAAAGAGGCGGCACUGAGCCAAGUGGCCACUGUGUAGAGGGCUACUAUUGUCCUGAAGGACAGACCUCUCAGAGACCACAACUACAUGUCUGCUCACUUGGACAUUAUUGUGAGAAGGGCAGUGUGAGACAGACCCCCUGUAUUCCUGGCAGCUACCAGCGCAGACAGGGCCAAGGGACCUGUGAAACAUGCCCUCCUGGCUUCUAUUGUCAAAAUCAGGGAAUGAGUCAUCCGCUUCCCUGUGAAAGAGGACAUUACUGCCCCUCUGCAUCAGCAAAUCAACAUCCUUGUCCAUCAGGGACCUAUGGAAACUUGUCAGGACUUGCAGAGCAGUCCCAGUGCACACCAUGCGACCCUGGCAUGUACUGCAAAGGAGCAGGAAGGACUUUCCCCAGUGGGCUUUGUGCUGAGGGGUACGUUUGUGUCGGCGGCGCCUUUGAUCAUUCGCCAUCAGACAGUCUGACAGGAUUCCCAUGUCCUCCUGGGUAUUUCUGCCCCAUGGGGACUUCUGCACCAAAACCGUGCCCUAAAGGAACAUACAGUGAGCAAAGUGGGCUUGGAGACCUUUCUCAGUGUCAGAGCUGCAGUCCUGGUUUUUACUGUUCAGAACCUGGUCUCUCUUCAGUCUCUGGUCCCUGUCUCCCAGGUUACUACUGUCUAGAGGGUUCUCAGUCUGCUUCUCCAGGAUCAGGUGACUUUGCAGGUAUUUGUCCAGCAGGCCACUACUGUCUAGAAGGCACCAGUGUUCCCCUACCUUGCCCAGCCGGUUUCUACCAGAAUAAUCCUGGAAGCAAAGGCAAAGAUGACUGUAAACCCUGUCCACCUGGCUGGUUCCAGGAUUUACCUGGCCAGAAAGAGUGUAUUCCCUGCCCUGCGGGAUUCCACUGCCAGCCUCUGAAUCCUGGUCCCACCAGAGGGACUUCUCUUGGAGUUUCCAGUCCUCUGCCCUGCCCAGCUGGGCACAUCUGUCCCAGAGAUAGCUUGGACAAUCAGCCUGUUCCAUGCCCUAAAGGAACCUACAGCUCCAGCCAGGGUCUUAUCUCUACAGGUCAGUGCUUAAUGUGUCCGGCAGGCCAUUUCUGUGGAUCCGAAGGUUUGGUGGAGCCCUCAGGAUCGUGUGCGGCAGGUUUUCUGUGUCUGAUGGGUGCAAAGGUGCCAAAUCCAAAGGACAAUAUGACAGGAUCUCUCUGUCCGCCGGGGAUAUUCUGCCAACAAGGGCUGAGAGCAGGUGAUUGCCAGGCAGGGUUUUAUUGUGACUGGGGGUCCACCAAAGCAGAUCAGGCUGUGUGUCCAGCUGGUUUCUUUUGCCCCAGUGGAACAGCAAUCCCCUUAGCCUGUCCUGCAGGAACGUUCAGCUCUGAAAUGAGCAACACUCACCAAGACAACUGCACCACCUGUACCCCUGGUUACUACUGUCAAGAUGAAGGUACUCUCCAGCCUGUACUUUGUCCUGUUGGACAUUACUGUUCUGCGGGACAGAUUUUAGGGCAUGCAUUCCCUUGCCCACCUGGCACACUACAGAGGAGGCUUGGAGCGUCCAGUCCAGAUGCUUGCAGUCGCUGUCCUGCGGGGAUGUUCUGCUCUCAGUUUGGUCUGUCACAGCCCUCAGGUCUGUGUCAGGAGGGAUAUUUCUGUCCUGCAGGAUCAACCAGCCCAAACUCCACCGAAAGUCAGAAUAAUUCAACCAACCACCAUCUUUGUCCAUCUGGCCACUACUGUCCAUCUGGCAGUGGUCAUCCUCUGCCUUGCCCUGUUGGCUCUCUUGCCAUUUCUCAAGGACUAAAAGCAGCAGAAGAAUGUCCGCCCUGCCCUCCUGGGUUAUAUUGUGACAGUCCUGCAAUGUCCAAUCUCUCCAAUGCUUUGCCAUGUCACGCGGGAUAUGUUUGUCUGAGUGGGAGCUCCAGUCCCUCUCCAUCCGACGGCUCCCAUGGCUACCCCUGCCCUGCUGGCUACAGCUGUCCUGUUGGCUCAGCGAGCGAAGUGCCUUGUGAAGCUGGCACUUACAGUCCUAGUUCCGGUGCAGCUCACUGCUUGGUCUGCCUGAGAGGAACCAUGUGUCCCUCUUCAGCUACUCAAGAGCCCUCUACCUGCCCAGCCGGCCAUUUUUGUCCUCCUGGGACAGUGGCGCCUCAGGCAUGCCCUAUAGGAACUUUCAAUAACCAAACAGGAGCUCAUUCGCUCUCUGCCUGCUUGCCGUGUCCUUCUGGGGUGUACUGUGGCUUACAUGGAGCUUCUGCUCCGCAAGCUCCAUGUUUGCAGGGCUACUUUUGCCAAGGUGGAGCUACAGUGCCAACACCCGCGAGCUCUGAAACCUUCCUGAGGAAUGGUCUCUGUCCAGUAGGACACUAUUGUCCAGCAGGAUCUCUCACCCCACUCCCAUGCCCUGCUGGGAGUAUCCGCAAUGCAACUGGAGGUGUUUCCAUGGAAAGCUGCUCCGCCUGUCCUGCUGGCCACUACUGCUCCUCUGAGGGCCUUGCUAGCCCCAGUGGUCUAUGCUCUGCUGGUUUUUAUUGUCCAUUUGACUUCUCCUCAACUACUCCAUAUGCCUUCCUCUGUCCCAAGGGCCACUUCUGUCCUGAGGGAUCAGCGUUGGCCUUGCCGUGUCCUACCGGAGAGUACCAACCGAACCCGGGCUCUGAGAACUGCGUCCCGUGCCGACCUGGAUUCUUCUGUGAGGAGGCUGUGGUGGGAGACCCGUGGCCCUGCCCUCCACACUCGUUUUGCCCUGCAGGGACAAUGGUGCCGCAGCCCUGCCCUAACGGGACGUACACCCAUUCCAACCAGACUGGGUUACAGGAAGAGAAGGAGUGCUUGCCUUGCCCUCCAGGGACGUUCUGCAGGGCUGGUAAGAUCCAGGGUUUUUGCGCUGCAGGAUAUCUGUGCAUUUCUGGGAGUGCAGAGUUCACCCCUCAGGGGUCAGUGUCUAACAUGACCCACUGCCAGUGGGGUGUGCAGUGUGCUGGCCCAUGCCCACCAGGCUUUUAUUGCCCUGAAGGUGCAGAACAGGCGCAGCUGUGUCCUGCAAACACAGUCAGGAGCUUCGCAGGGGCAGUGAGUCUGAAGGACUGCUUACCCUGCCCUCCGCAGUAUUGGUGCAAACCUGGAGAUCCAGUCGUUCAUCUGUGUCCGCCUGGUCAUUACUGUGAUGGUCUGCCCGGCAGUGACUUCAGCGGUGGUACCGGGCCCCGGCCGUGUCCCAUAUUUACUUAUCGAGCCUCCCCAGGAGCGGGCAGCAAGGGUGACUGCCUGCCCUGUCCUUCUGGUUCACACUGCAACACCACAGGACUUACAGAGUAUACCAGUAGUCCCUGCCCACCUGGCUUCUGGUGCAGUGGGACUGGACCCCCCAUCCUCUGUCCAGCAGGGACCAAGAGGCAGCUUCCUGGAGCCGCUGCACCCAACCAGUGUGAAUUGUGUGCAGGGGGAACCUUCUGCCCAGACCCUCGCGUGACAGGAAAGCCCAACGUGGAAGGAAUCCCCUGCAGGGCCUCGUAUCAAUGUCCUGUUGGUGCAGUUUCAGAGAGGUUGUGCAGAGCUGGCUCGUUCUGUGGACCUCAGACUGCUGAGCCUCAAGUGUGUCCAAAAGGUUAUAUUUGUCCUGAGGGAUCGUAUUCAUAUGACACCUCUAAACAACUAUGUCCAUUUCCCUACUACUGCCCUGCCAACAGCUCUGCCAUGAAAUCCUGUUCUGGAGGAUCCAUGCCUGUCAGCACGAGCGCUCUCAGAGGAUCACACAGCAGCAGCUGUAGCUUAUGUGAAGAUGGCACUUAUCGUCCAUAUCUUUCCCCGAGUCUGCAGUGUCUCCCAUGUCCACCGGGAUAUUACUGCCCUCAAGGCACAGAAGAUUACAAAACUAAUCCCUGCCCUCAUGGACAUGUAUGUGGGAAGGGAUAUGCCCAGCCAAAGUCCUGUCCACCAGGCACGUUCGGUAACCGUACCCGUGCAGAGAAAAUGGACGACUGUCACCCUUGUCCAGCCAACACUUUUAACCACCUGCCUGCCCAGAAGGCUUGCUUUCUAUGUGGCAGCUCCUCCUUCUCAACACCUGGUUCCGUCUCGUGUACCUGCAUUGGGAAGAACCGGGCUUUCCAGUAUUCUGAUGGAUCGUGUCUGUGCAGGACUGGUUUCAUCUACUACAAUGAGCUGGACUUUAAAAGUUCUACUUCUGACAGUGAACUAGACUGCCAACCUGAGGUGAGCAGACGGUGCAGCACAGGAGAAAUACGAGUAGCAGCAUCCAGAGAGUGUGUCUUACCCUCCCUCCACUCCUGUAAUAUCACCUGUGGAUCUCAUGGAGGAAUCCUGGAUGUGGAGAUGGGCAUCUGUCGGUGUGAGCGAUAUGUGUCCGCAGAGGAGAUUUGCAAUACUUCUUGCCUCUUCAGGCUGCCUCAGCUGUCUGCCGAGCUCACGCAGGACGGCGACUUGCAGCUAAGCCUUAGAGAAAGAAACAGCAGGGUCUGGGCAAAGAAAAUAGAAAAUGUUUUGGGUCCUGAUAUCUACGCACAGACAUCUGGAAGAGUACACUUAGUGCAGUUUACCACUGAAGGACUCUUUGGUUGGAUUCCCCUCCAAAGAGAUCUUGUCAAUCUUUUCCUUUCAGAACCAAUUGAUAUUGAUAUAAAUACAAGAUCUAGAAAGAGGAGAGACACUGAAGAUGAUGAGAAUAAGGCUGAUGCCCUUCCUCGGAUCCCGAAUCCUAUCGCCUGCCUUUCCUUGGGUGACAUGCUCGUUUUUCAUCUUACCAUCAACCACACUGAUCGCCCUCUAAGCCACUUCCCAGUGUACCAGAAGGACCACCUGUUUAACAGUAACCCAAGCUGGGACUUUGGAGCCUUCAGACAUCUGCAGAUCCUCAUGAAGCAAACAAAAUUCAACUCUUCAAUGUUUGCUCAUGUUUUUUCAGAAGCAGGAAAGUAUGUGUUUGUGGACAGUGUUGUCCCCGAGUGGAGUAUUGUCGUGGUGGUCAGUAGGGAGGGGACAGAAUGUGACACCAGGGCUGCCGCGUUUCAACCCAUGACUCCAGGACACUUGGUCAAAUAUGGGAUUGUAAAAAAUCACCGCCUCAACCUUCUGCCUGACUGGGGACUCAUUGUUGGGAUCCUGAGUCUGCUGUUGGUCCUAGUUGUAGUCCUGACCACAACUGUGCUGGUUCUGCGACCCAGCAAAGCGAAACUCGUUCCCCAUUGGAAGAUAAAACCAAAGUGGCGCAGCCUUGGAGAGCCUUUUUGCCCAGCUGAGUGUGUUUGCAGUAGAGAAAGCAUAGCUGUCCAGAGUCAAGGCGGCGUUCUUGCCAGUCGAGGCGUAGGUGAGGGAGCAGAAGCUGAGGAAUCUGCAGUCAUAAAGGGAGGAAGUGUGUCAGGUUGCCUGGAUCUGGAGGAGUUUAAUGUGAAGACUCUUUAUGACAAACUAGAGGACCAGAACCUCCACAUCGCCGCCCAGCUGGCCAGACAUCGCAAAGACAUGCAGGAAUUUUAUAGGAAUAUAUGCCAGCAGGCUGAAUCACUCAAGGAUGUGUUUGAAAAUAUGGACAGUAAAAACCUGAGUCUCCUUAAAGAGAUUCUAGUCCAUAAUGUGAGGAAGGAUGUGUUAUCACACACUCACAUCGGAGAGGGAGACAACCAAGCAGACAUUUCCACCAGCCAAGCUGAGGCCUCUGUGUCUUUACUGGGAGCUGUUCUUAGAUCAGUCGAAGCUCUUUUAUGUAAGCUGACAGCAGAAGCUUGGCAGAACCAGGAUCUGUGUGGUCUUCCAUAUUGUCAUGGUUCAAGAGACUCUGAGGCUCAGGUUGGAUAUAUGCAACCUGGUAACACCAAUAUGUCUUUUACACAGUGCUCAUCAAUGUCUAUGAAUAAAGGAGAAGCUAUUUCUCACGAGACAGACUGCACACAGACAGCUGCUUCUUGUUUCAGUGAAGACAAUCUAUCCAAAUUGGUCACCGUAUCUCCUUUGUUCAAAACUCUGCAGGACAUUCAGCAGUCUUUACAACAGCUUAUCACAGAUGAGUCACAUCAGCAUUCCCAUAAAGCAGAAACGGGGACUUCAGUCCAAGAGAACCACAACGAACGUCUAAUUCCAACUGCACUGGACAGCCUGUCUCCACAGCAUUCGGCUGUUUACCUUUUUGGUUGUCACGUGGUGCAGUGGCUUGCAGAUUCCCCCAUGUUCCCCUCUGUGCUUCUUUUGCUGGCAAAGUCGGUUCCCUUUUGCUCAUCUUCGUCUAACGAGAAUCCCCUGGGUCAUUUCACUGGGGACUUCUAUUUUGAUCCAACCAAUCAAAUCCUUUAUCUGUCAGAGGCAAAGCUUCAGCAUGUGGGACACUUUAUUGCUGUCAUUCUGCUGUCCAUGGCCCGCAUAGCAGUAGGAUCCAAACCCCAGAGGUUUCUGCAAGCUCUGCAUGAAGCCAUUUCAGCUGUAAGCCUUCAGCUGUUCAACCUUUCUUUUAAAUGGAGCCCAGCAGAACCUAAUUUUGAUGCAUUAGGUGGGCGGCAUGGGGCAUUAGUGGAGCAAUUUCUCAAUAUCAGAGUUCCCUCUGAAGCGCGCUUCACUGAGCCCCUAUUAGCUAGAAGACUUGAAAAAUAUAAGUAUUUUAAACUGGAAGAUCUUAUCUGCAACCUCAAACAAAGAUCAACUCCAAAUACAGGUUUACCACCAAAUGGGACACCAGUGCAGAUGUCAUGUGUAGAGGAAGAAAUUGACCGCAUGAGUGAAUCUUUCCUGCAGCUAAGCAUGCAGAUGCAGAGGAGAUCUCAAAUAAGCACAAUGUUAAAGGAGAGAGAGAACGGUGCUGCAGAAAAAGCGAGGGAAACAUCCACAAGCACGCCAAGCCUGAGUCGUAACGGAACAAUCCUGUUGGAGCUGAAGAGAUGUUAUGUAUCACAGCGACUCAACGAGCUGCAAACCACAUUAAACCAAAUGAGACGUUGCCAGCUGCGUGAUGGCGAGCUGAGAGACGGAGCAAAAGGCCGCGAGGAAAGUGAUGAUGGCUCCGAUCAGCACAGAGAAAAGGAGCAUGAUCCUGCCACGGAUCGCCGCAGUCCUCCAGACCACCAGCGAAGCGCCGCUCUUUCAGCUGGUCAGAAACUCAGCCCACGCAGCCCAGAGAGCCGAGGUCUUUUAAAUGAUAAAGCGGAGAGUUAUAUUUCCGACCAGCAGAGAAGUGGCUCUGUUCAGACCAACAAUCCGGACAUCUUAAUGGAUCAAACUUUCCGGCGUACCAAAGAUCAACUCCAUUAAAAAAAAAAUCCCCCAGGAAAUCUGGAGCCUAAUAGACAAACCUAAAGAAAAAUAGAAAAGGACACAAAACUAUUACAAACAUAUAUUUGAUGCUUUGAUUUUCAUUCAGAUGGCAAUGGCAUAUUCUUCUUUCAGAGACUUCUUUUUCUGUAAUAUUUGGCCUCUAAUAGCUUUGAGCUAAUAUUGUACAAGAUAAUACAUUUGUUUGCUAAAGUGUGAUUCCAUUGACCUCAGUCUUACCAUGCUGCAGUUCAGCUGUGCCCUGUUAACCACCAGUGAUAACAGACAGGAAUAUAUUCUGGCAACGAGCCGCAGUAUGACACAACCUGUAAUAUUAUCCAGAUAGCGUCUCUGUCUGGAGUUGCCUUUAGAACAACCUAUGUUAAUUAUUAUAAUCUAAUUAUUAUAAACUAAAACUGAAUUACUUUUUUUGGUCUUCUGAUAACAACCUGUCUUUGUUUAUAUAUUCACUAACUAAAAUCCAAGUUAGGAUAAUACUUGCUUAUGCCAUUCAGUGGUGGAUUUGCUUGUUUGCUUUGGAUCAUUGUAUUGCUGCAAAACCAAUAUAAUGCAAUCUCAGCUUGAGAUUGACCUCAAGGUCACAAACUGAUGGCUGGAGAUUUCUGUUAUAGAACAAAAAAUUAUAGUUUCCAAAAAUUAUCCUCCAACUCCUUUUAAAGCAAAGCUGCUUCACAUUAUUACAUGCCCACCUCUAUGUUUGACCGGUUUUAUAUAUAUUUCUAUAUAAGCUGACAUUGUUUUAGUUUAAUGUCAGAUUUAAUUGAUAUGCAAAUGUUCAAAAAAAAGUUAUCCCUUUGUCACAUGGAUACACAGAAUAUUUUUUUCAAAAGUCUUGAGGAUUUGUGGAGUUUUUUGAACAGAAGUAAUUUGCCCCCCUGGAACUCUUCUCUGGGUAUUUACAGUGCUUUAGUUGUUUUUCUGGGCUAUUUUUUGACCAACUUGAUGAGUUGCUGACACUCUCUUGGAGUAAUUUUGGCCAGUCUACCACUUUUGGAUUCCAUUUUGGUUUUCCUUUGUUGAUUAUAGUUCUCCCUGUGAUUUGCUGGACUCCCACAGCCUUAGAAAUGUCUUUGUAACCCUCUCCACAACAUGAGUGCCAGUCAGAGGAGAAACCUAAGCUUCAUAACUGCUGCUUUCUUCUGGGCCAGCGCUUUAUCUGACACACAGGGUUCUGGGUCUUAUAAUAGAAAGUCAGUAUUCCUACCGGGGGGCUGUGAGCCAAAUCAGAAGGUCAGAUGGAACAAGUCUUCACUUAAUAUCAGUGUUAGCUUUCCACUCCAUGCCAAGUCCCCCAUGCAGAAUCCAGCAAUGCCCCGCAGCUAUGUGUGGGUGCUUGUAUGUGAGGUGUUGUUUAGAGACUGACCUGAGAUUAUGUGCUUAUCAGUUAGAUUAGCUUCUUUUGCCACUGAUCGGACCUGCACGUCUGCUUCACAGUGGCACAGACAUACAACAAACUGCUGGAGGAGCCUGUGUGUGUAAAUCUGUGGGAUGUUUUGCAGUUGUACCACAUUACACUUGCUCUAGUUGUUUAGAUCACAACACAUGGGUUAUUUCGGGAAGAUUAACUUCAUGUGACAUCUGUGUGGGUAUGUUUCCAUACGUGUUAUGUUUUCAAUCGUAUGUUUAUAGGCUGCAACGGUGCUCCCUUUUAAUUUUUCCCUCAAUCAAGUCAAGGUAACUAAUCAAGUGCAUGCGGACCUAAUCUGUUUGUUCAUUUGUUUGAAAACAUUUUCUGAGUAAAUUACUGCUACUACUUCAUUCAUAAAGCACUUUAAGACAUCAGCAGCUGCGACAAAGUGUUGUACAGAUUAAAUCAAUGAACAUUCGAAAUAUGGAAAGGCCAAAAGAAAAAAAGACAAUAAAAUCAAACAUGCGUUUGCUCAAGAUUUAGAUUAAAUGUAUGAUUAAUUGAGACAAUAAAACAAAAUGUAUUUUUAUUCUUUCACAAAAUGCACAUUAUAUUUCAACCACAAACACAUUUCUUUUGAGAUUCUAAGUGAAUAACUGUGAAGAAGAAUGAAAAUGAUAAAUGUUG